AUGCAGGUGGAAAUUUUGGGGAAUGUUCAAUUUGCAGGGGAGACUCUGCCGAAAUUUUGGCAGAAAGUCUCGUGCCCUAAAUCCUCUCUGGUAAAAGAGGACAUAGUUUUAAGGAGUGAACCCGGCAUAGGUGUGAUGCCGAGGUCUCCGCAGGAUUCGUCUCGGGUUCUGGGAAAUUCGGGGCGGGUUCUGUCAGCGAGCCUAGGAUCAGCAUUGGACACCCUGUUCAGACGCUCCAUCCCAGUUGAACACCUUGACCAGCCAAGCAUCAAAGAAAUAGAGCCAAUUGACUCAAUGCAAAUCGAUGAAGACCCCAGCUGGCAAGACCCCAUUAUCGACUACUUUGUGAAUGGAAAUCUGCCAACGGAUAAGUCCGAAGCUAGGAAGGUCCAACAGAAAGCCGUGAGAUAUUACAUGCAAAGCGACAAGCUUAUUCGCAAAUCAUACUCUGGCCCUCAUCUCAUUUGCAUAAAAUACCCUCAAACACUUGAGGUCCUCUGCAAAAUUCAAGAUGGCGAGUGUGGCAACCACUCUUGA